GGGAUAUUUGCAAAUGAAACCACUCCUUCGUUCUUCUCGCCUGGCGUUGUUGGGCGUGUCGAUGGCACGAUAACUCUUAAUGGAUCCCAGCCCAGUAUGGAAUACGUUUAUGGAUUGCUAUCUCAACUUUCUCAGACCAGCGAGCCAUCCCUGUUCGGCAUCCCAUCCUCGCUGACUACCCAAUCCAUGUCUGUCGAACCUCCGGUAGUGGCAGCAAGUGUCAUCGUCAAUUUCACCUACAACUCGAUUAAUUUCGUCCUCCCCCUCCAAGUGGACAUGUGGGUGGUAUUCGACGACGAUUUGAAGAUUUCUUCAUUCGACGUCGCGUUCCGGAAUCGGCCUGCCGCCUUCGACUACGUUCUUCCCAAACUCGUUCCAUGGAUAUCUCAGCAAAUCAACACAACUUUAACAUCCCAAAUAGAUAAUUCUUCCUUGGUGACCCAAUUUAUGGCUCAGGAUGUUUGCCAAGUAUCUUCGCAGUAUUGCACGGGCAAUAACCAACAGUAUGCCACCAUCGAUGCGUGCAUGCAGUAUCAGGCACUCCAACCCCCACCCAGUAGCUUUGCGUGGCAAUUAGGAGACAAGAAUAUCAUGUGCAGAUAUCUUCACAGGAACUUAGUCCCACUCAGGCCCCAGACUUAUUGUCCGGAGAUAGGUCCUAAUGGAACCAAUAUAUGCGUCUCCAGGGAUUAUGUUAAUGUUACAGCAUCUCCUUUCCAGCAAACACUCAUUGCUUGGAAAUCCUCCUUACGACCGGCAGAUAUUUCUGGCCUUUCCUCAGGGUCCCAAGAAGCUCUGGUCGCUCUAAGCACUGAACGAAUUUACCCCACCACUGUCGCAUGGUUCCCCAUAUCGAUGGUGGUAUAUUGGGUUAUUCUCUAUAUCUCAGCAAAACUUGUUCAAUCAGGAUUUGAACGGUACAGCACAGUGUAUCCCACGCUGUCAUUUGAAAACCAGCGGACUGCUAUUAUUUGUAGGUGUUGGAUUAGACUCUUUGCAUUUGGUGUUCUAAGCCCAGUGGUCCAGAUAUUUUGA